UGAAGAAGUUGUAAUUGCUAAAGAUUUAUAUUGUUAUAUAUUUUUUAAAUCCUUUUACAUCCAAAUAAAAAAUGGAUCUUUACGAAGUAAAUAGAUUUAAUUUUUUGAAUCGAAACAACAAAUUAUCCAGGAUGGCGAUCGAUUUGGCCGAGUAUCAAUUCGAAGUUCAACAUGUCCGAGAAGUAGAAAAUUGUGAUGCUGAUGCAUUAUCGCGAAUCGAGGUAUCGGCUAUUCAGUUCGACGAACUAUGGACAAAAUUACAACAAAUGCGUAAAAAGAUGCCCAAAUCGUUUGUUAAACAUAACAAUUUAUAGUAUUUUCUUAACGAUAAUCUAUCCCGAUUGUGUAUUCCUCAAUGUAGAGUUGUUUAUGUGAUGAUUUUGAGUGUUUGCAUUGUUCUAAACACGUGUGAUCUUUGUCUCAUUGUAGUACAAUUGUAG